AGAAACCCUAGGAUCACUGCGCCGGCCUCGCCACGAUCUCAGACUGUAAAUGAACCUCAUCGAGAUUUCAUCGUUGAUGAUUACCUUCGCUUGAUCCAUUUGACGCUUACUUCGACGACAUUCUCCCCAGAUUCUCCGGACCUCCUCUCCUUUUCCCCGUUCGUGUUCCAGCCCUAGUGCAGCUUCGCCUAACUCCAACAAAUUGCAGACAUUUACCAGCGGCGGCCUAGAGACAUGCGAUAACUUAUGAGACAUAUCUGCGGAGCCGGCUUGUUGAUCUUGGGUUGCGAUCAUGGCACAGAUCAGCAAGGACAAUCCACAUGGCCCUUCGAUCGAUGCGAUGCUACGCGGUCUCACCGAACGGCCUAACGUGCAGUCUACUCUGAUACUAUCGAGAAAAGAUGGAUCAAUCAUACGAGCUACAGGACUCGAUCGCUUGGGAAAACCGGCCACUUCGAGCACAGAUGCUUCCUACCGGUGGACGUCGCCUCAGCAAGACCCAAGGCCUGAGGCCGAUACGGACGGAACAAACAAACGAGGGGAUGUGAAUGACACUGGCAGCAAGCCACAGCCAGCAGAAGUACUUGCCGCAUCUGUAUUUCAAUUUGUCAACAGUGCCAGCUCUUUAGGACAAACACUUGGAAGCACGUCUCGUAAUAUCUUUGGUGGAGACGCACCACUCACAACAGCAGGAUACAACGCCAUAUCCAACGGAUCAAAAAAGGAGGUGGUUGACGAAGAGAUAGAUUUCCGGGAUAGCGAGGACGAGGUUCAAUUGCUUCGCCUGCGCAUCAAACACCAAGAGAUUAUUAUUUUCCCCGAUGCCAAUUACAUUUGUUGCGUGGUCCAGAGAGCGGGCAAAGCAAGCAAUGCCGUGGAAAGCAGAAGGUAACAGCCUCCACAAGGCGUUACGACAUUCUCAGCUGGAGGUUGUUGACGCUUGACUCGAGUCAGUCACUAGGCAACGUGGACGAUGUCAUUCCUCAACGAACUGCAGAUCGAAACUACAAUUGCAUUGUUGUGUCCAGGAUAGCGAUAAGGCUGCACGCAACCACAUGCAGACACAUCAUGCAAUGUAACACUAAAAUCACAUGGGAGUUGAAAUGGUCCAAGGAACGUCUUCAAUGGUAAUUUAUGAAGGGCACAGAAUCCGAUCGAGUCGUGGUGGCCUUCUUUGAUUGACUUAGUGCCAUGGACGGUUUAUCUUUUGGCAAAGACGUUGUCCUGUUAUCGCACAGACUGAUGCUUAUCAACCCCAAGUUCGUGCUGUACCUCCCCUUAUCACAGCCUCGCUAGCCUAUCGAACUCGAGAACAAGAGCCUGCUAUCACUUGGAUACUUAUCAC